GCCCCAGUCCUAAGCAGGGUGAGCGAGCAGAGCGGUUUCUAUCUCUCCUCCAUACUUACUCAGUAUUCAAACAUCCGUCCGCUAAGGAUUUUUUUGGACUACUUGCUGCCUCGUCUUGAUAGGCUAAUAUAUCUGGAGAAAAGACACGAAGGGACCCAUCGACGAUCCAUAGGGGUAUACCUUCACGGUAAUUUGGUAGAUUUUUGUCCCCCCAAUUAUUCUACUAUUCCUCUAUUGGGCUGUCGCGAGUUGUUUCGCUUCUCACUGGGUCCGUUUUGAUGGAAAAAAGCGACGCGGAGGAGAUGAUCCAGACGGGAGUCUAACGCAUUUUUUUUUUGUCCAUUGACGAUCAUCUUGUUGCAUUGGACUUCUAUUGUGGGCUAUGGGAAGUAUCGAUUCGCACGGAGACAGCACAUUUUGCUCUUCAUAAAGGAUGUGGUCAAGUAUUUUGGAAAAAUAGCCAUAGCUUCCGGAGUGUAAGGCCAAAUGACAUAGGAUGAAGGCUAUUCGUAACCAGUUGAUUUAUAUAUUUUCCACCUAUCUCCUGGUUAUGUUUGGAUUAACUGGUGCACAAGACUACUGGUGUUCCACUUUGGUCAAGGGGGUCAUAUAUGGAUCUUACUCAGUGACUGAGAUGUUUCCCAAGAACUACACGAACUGCACAUGGACGUUGGAGAACCCUGACCCUACCAAAUACAGCAUCUACCUUAAACUAUACAAACGAGACUUGAGCUGCUCCGAGUUCUCUUUGCUUGCUUAUCAAUUCGAUCACUACUCGCACGAGAAGAUCAAUGAAUUGCUGAAAAACAACGAGUCUAUAGUGUACCUGUGUGAUUCCAAGAAUAUGUAUAUAUUUUUGCAGUAUGACAAGAAUUUCGUGCAGCUACGGAGGGUUUUCCCUUACGAUUAUAACGGGUUGCAGAAGACGGACGAAGACGAGACGUCUGUGGUGGAAUUCUUGGUCUUGAACAAGGCGAGCCCCAGUCAAUUUGGAUGUCAGGUGCUGUGCACGUGGCUGGAAAACUGCCUGAAAUCGGAGAAAGGAACUGUGGAAUCAUGUGGAAUAGUGUAUACGAAAUGCACCUGUCCCCAGCACCUAGGCGACGGAGAAUCAGAAAGUAUGCUUUUGCUUAACAACGUGGUUUUGCCUUUAAAUCCCCAAACGGAGGGAUGCCUGACUCCACAAAUCCGUGCUGGGCAGGUGUGCAACAUCAGUGCAGAGGUUAAACGACCAGCAAAGGAGGAAUAUGGAAUGAUCGGCGAACAUACUGUAAAAAGUCAGCGGCCCAGAUCAGUCUUUGACACAAAGGCCCUGCAGGAGCAAGCUGAAUCUGCUAAAUUUAUGGCACAAACUGGUGAAUCUGGUGCAGAGGAGUGGUCCCAGUGGAGCUCAUGCUCAGUUUCAUGCGGCCAAGGGUCGCAGGUGCGAACAAGAACAUGUGGUUCACCAUACGGAACACACUGCAGCGGCCCUUUAAGAGAGUCAAGGGUUUGCAAUAACACUGUCCCCUGUCCAGUGCAUGGCGUCUGGGAGGAGUGGUCACCAUGGAGCCUGUGUUCGUUUACGUGUGGGCGUGGCCACCGCACUAGGAACAGGAUGUGUGCCCCGCCCCAACAUGGAGGGAGAGCCUGUGACGGGCCUGAGACCCAGAGCAAACUCUGCAACAUCGCCCUCUGUCCAGUGGACGGCCAGUGGCAGGAGUGGAGCCUGUGGAGUGACUGUUCAGUGACCUGUGCCAAUGGGACCCAGCAGAGGACCAGACAAUGCUCAGCCGCCGCCCACGGUGGGUCGGAGUGUCGUGGCCACUGGGCAGAGAGCAGAGAGUGUUACAAUCCAGACUGCACAGCCAAUGGCCAGUGGAAUCCCUGGGGGCCUUGGAGUGGCUGCUCCAAAUCAUGUGACGGGGGUUGGCAGAGGCGGGCGCGGGUGUGCCAGGGGGCAGCGGUCACCGGGCAACAGUGCGAGGGCACAGGGGAUGAAGUCCGCAAGUGCAGUGACCAGCGUUGCCCAGCGCCCUAUGAGAUCUGUCUGGAGGACUACACUGUAGCCAUGGUGUGGAGAAGAACACCUUCAGGAGAACUGGCCUUCAACAGGUGUCCCCCCAAUGCCACGGGCACCACUAGUCGACGCUGCUCUCUGGAUCACCGGGGUGUGGCCUAUUGGGAACCACCCAGCUAUGCCCGCUGCAUAACCAAUGAAUAUAGAUACCUGCAGCAAUCAAUCCAGGGCCAUCUAGCUAAGGGCCAGGGGAAGUUGGCGGGGGACGGGAUGUCUCAGGUGACCAAGACCCUGCUGGAUCUCACCCAGAGAAGGAACUUCUACGCUGGAGACCUGCUGUCCUCUGUGGAGAUACUCAGAAACGUGACUGAUACCUUCAAGAGGGCCAGUUACGAACCUAGCUCAGACGACGUGCAGAACUUCUUUCAAAUCAUCAGCAAUCUCCUAGAGGAAGACAACAGGGAAAAGUGGGAAGACGCACAACAGAUCUAUCCAGGUGCAGUGGAGCUGAUGCAGGUCAUCGAGGAAUUCAUCCACAUCGUUGGCCUGGGCAUGAAGGACUUCCACAACGCCUAUCUGAUGACUGGGAACUUGGUGGCCAGCAUCCAGAGGCUCCCGGCACUGUCUGUGAUGACUGACAUCAACUUCCCUAUGAAGGGCCGUAAAGGCAUGGUGGACUGGGCCAGGAACUCUGAGGACAAGGUGGUUAUCCCCAAGGGCAUCUUUCUACCACAGUCUGCAGACAUGGAUGGAUCACCUGUUUUCAUCCUGGGGACAGUCCUAUACAAGACUCUGGGACUGAUGCUGCCUUCACCAAGGAACCACACGGCAGUGAGCUCCAAAGUCAUUGCUGUCACAGUGAGACCAGAGCCCAGGAUAACAGAGUCACACCUGGAGAUCGAGCUGGCUCACCUGGCCAACGGAACCCUGAGUCCUUACUGUGCACUGUGGGAUAACAGCGUCAUGAACGAUUCUUGGGGAACCUGGUCGAGUAAAGGAUGUAAAACCGUACUAACCGAUGCAUCCCAUACAAAAUGCUUAUGUGAUCGUGUAUCUACCUUCGCCAUUUUGGCACAGCAACCAAGAGAAAUAACCAUGGAGUACUCAGCGGUCCCCUCUGUGACUUUGAUCAUUGGUUGUGGUCUGUCCUGUCUCGCCUUGAUCCUGUUGCUAGUGGUCUAUGCUAUUCUAUGGAGAUAUAUACGGUCUGAGCGGUCCAUCAUCCUAAUCAACUUCUGCCUGUCAAUCAUCUCCUCCAACCUCCUCAUCCUGGUUGGACAGACACAGACACACAAUGCGGGUGUCUGUACCAUGACAACAGCCUUCCUUCACUUCUUCUUUCUGGCGUCGUUCUGCUGGGUCCUGACGGAGGCUUGGCAGUCCUACAUGGCCGUUACUGGGAAGGUCCGCACCAGGCUCAUCAGGAAGAGGUUCCUCUGUCUGGGAUGGGGAUUACCUGCCUUGGUGGUUGCCGUCUCAAUGGGAUUCACCAAAGCAAAAGGCUAUGGGACACCCCAAUACUGCUGGCUAUCUCUAGAAGGUGGUCUCCUGUAUGCCUUUGUUGGACCGGCAGCAGCAGUGGUUCUGGUCAACAUGGUGAUUGGUAUCCUGGUGUUCAACAAGCUGGUCUCCAGAGACGGGAUUCUGGAGAAGAAGCCGAAGCAUCGAGCUGGACCGAUGAACGAGCCCCAUACAGGGUUAACUCUGAAAUGUGCCAAAUGUGGUGUGGUGUCCACCACUGCUCUCUCUGCAACUACAGCCAGUAAUGCCAUGGCCUCUCUGUGGAGUUCCUGUGUGGUUCUGCCUCUGCUGGCUCUGACCUGGAUGUCUGCGGUGCUGGCCAUGACAGACAAGCGUUCCAUCCUAUUUCAGAUCCUCUUCUCUGUCUUCGACUCGUUGCAGGGCUUUGUCAUCGUCAUGGUGCACUGUAUCCUGAGGAAAGAGGUCCAAGAUGCUUUCAGAUGUCGUCUCAGAAACUGUCAGGACCCCAGAAACUGUCAGGACCCCCUCAACGCUGACAACACUGGAACUUUCCCCAACGGUCAUGCUCAGAUUAUGACGGACUUUGAGAAAGACGUUGACAUCGCCUGUCGAUCAGCUCUCCACAAAGACAUGGGCUCUUGCCGCGCGGCGACCAUCACCGGCACCCUAUCCCGCAUCUCUCUGAAUGACGAGGAGGAUGAGAAGGGUCCGGAGGGCCUCAACUACUCCACCUUACCUGGCAACAUCAUCUCCAAGGUGAUGAUCCAGCAGCCCGGCAUGCACAUGGGCCCCAUGGGGGACAUGGGUGAGGGCUGCCUGGGCGACAGCGUGUCCGACAUGCGCCGCACCGUCUACCUGUGCACCGAUGAUGCUCUCCGUCAGUCCGACCAGGAUAUGGGCGGACACGGGCAUGGCGGGAUGGGCAGUGGCCACGACAUGGGCAGCAUGGGCGGUAUGGGUGGUAUGGGCGGACAUUCACCCCAAGGCCAGAUGAUGGAGACAGACUACAUUGUGAUGCCACGAGCUUCGGCGGCGGCAGCAGGAUCUGGGAACUGUAACACACUUCCCACUCUCCUGAAGGACGAUAGCUCCACCAAGAUGAACAUGGGCCUGGGCAUGGGAGAUACGCUGCCCCAUGAUAGGAUGAUGCAACACUACAAGAUGGCACCGGACUUCAACAUGAGCCCGACGGGGAUGGGCGGGAUUGGGGUCAUGGAGCACAUGAACAUGGGGGUGAACAUGGAUCAGAACCUACAGCAGCAGUAUGGGUCAGGAGGAGGACAGGAACACAUGCAGCAGAACCUGCCCUUUGAACCCCGAACCGCUGUCAAGAACUUCCUGGCUGAGAUGGAAGAGACUGGAGGGCUGUCGAGGAGCGAGACGGGAUCCACCAUAUCCAUGAGCUCCUUAGAGAGAAGAAAAUCGCGCUACCAAGAUCUGGACUUUGAAAAAGUCAUGCACACCAGGAAAAGACACAUGGAGCUGUUCCAAGAACUGAAUCAGAAAUUUCAAACCCUGGAUCGAUUUCAAGACAUACCAAAUAUGGGCAGCAUGGACAAGGCCAUGGCCAACAAGAACCCCUGGGAGAGCUACAACCCAGCCUGUGAGUACCAGAACUACGCCAGUAUGAAUGCACUAGACCCUGACCCCAAGGACUCUCUGGAGAUGACCGCAGCAGAGUGGGAGAAGUGUGUCAAUCUCCCCUUAGACGUCCAGGAAGGAGACUUCCAGACAGAGGUCUGAUCUGAUCUGAUCUAAACAAACCAGGAAAUGAGUCCAAAAUGGCACCCUAUUCCCAAUGAAGUGCACUACUUAUGACCAGGUCCUAUAGGCCUCUUUUUCACCAGUACCCUAAGGGCUCUUUUGAACAGGACUCAUAGGGCUCUGGUCAAAAGUAGUGCACUAUAUAGGGAAUAGGGUGACAUGUUGGAUGCACUCCAGGAAGGAGACUUCCAGGAAGUAAAAACCAGGAAGAGGAAAACCAGGAGAAAAAUGAUAACCAGGACAUGGAGGAAAGGGGAAAGGAUGUAUUUUGCACUGAAAAAAUGGACAGACUGUCCUAACAGCCUUGGCCUAGUACAUAUCUGGAUCUAAAGGAGGAUGACAAGGACAUGAUGUGCCAAUACCAUUUAAGAGGAAAACACAGAGGACAGGAGGAAAAAAUACAACAAAAAAUACAACAAAAAUCAUCAGUGUUACUUUUUGUAUUCUCACUAGUGUACUUAGUGCAGCGGGCCAGCCAGGUGGGUGUACAAUAUUUACCAUCAUGUGUUUCAGAGUACCCAUGGUAAGAAGAAUUGGUUUCAAAAAGGUGAAAAUCUUUCUAGAUGAAUAAACCUCAAAAGCUAAAUGAAGACAUAAUACAAUGUCAAUCCCAGCUUCGUUGGAUCCAGUUUUAUAUUUCACAAAACUGGACCCUGGAAGCACAAUGUAUAUAUUUAUGCAGGUUUUUAAAAAGUUUAUAACAAGUCUGUUUGGCCAUUACUAUACUUUUUACUUUAUAAUAUAAAAUAUAUAUGAGCGAGAGUGUCAGGCAAAGAGGACUUUUCUGUCAUAUAAAGAUGAAUGUUUGUCAAAGCUACAUUCUUCAUUGCUUUAAAUGCAAUAAAGGUAAUACUCACUUUUGUAUGAAUAAUAUAUUUCACAAACUUUAAUACUGCAGAAUCUUGCUUGAAGAAUCUCGGCUAAAACUCUCUCAUCUGCAGCCCUGUAUAAAAUAUUUAAAAAUGAAAAAUGUUGUAUGGUGUAAAUAAACUUUUGUCUACAUAUGUUUUACUUGUGCCAAUUUAUUUUAAUGAGAAGAAAAUGCCAACUUGAUCAAGCGUUAUAUAGCGUUAUAAAAUGUUAACGUUUGAACAAGGAAUGUAAAUAAAAGAGGACAUGUGUUCGUACUGCUUCA